CAGUCCAGUGGUACCGUCGAUAAUGUUUCGUUCACAUUUGAUAUUAUAAACAAUACUCUGGGGAACGCUCAGUGUGUUUUCUGGAACUUCAGCCUCUUCAGUGGUCUCGGGGGAUGGGACAAUGGGGGCUGCGUGUUGGUAUCUAACAACACCAACGUCACCUGCAACUGCAACCACCUGACCUCAUUCUCUAUCCUUAUGUCACCCUACACCAUAUUUGACAUUGUGUUGGAUUACAUUACCUACAUUGGAGUUGGCAUAUCUAUGGCUUCCUUGGUCAUAUGCCUCAUUAUUGAAGCUAUCGUCUGGAGAAAAAUAAGAAGGAACACCACAUCUUACUUGCGUCAUGUUUCCAUUGUUAACAUCGCUGUGUCUCUCCUGAUUGCUGACAUCUGGUUCAUUAUUGGGGCCGCCAUCUCAGAUGCAAAGACAGUAAACCAAUCAGCAUGCACUGCGGCUACAUUUUUUAUCCAUUUUUUCUACCUUGCCCUGUUCUUCUGGAUGUUAGCCUCAGCUCUGCUGUUGUUCUACCGCACAGUCAGUGUCUUCGACGGGGGUUUGUCUAAAACAUCUAUGUUGGCUAUUGGAUUCUCUCUAGGCUACGGGGGCCCUCUCAUCAUCGCUGUCAUAACUAUAGCUGUAACUGCACCCCAAAAUGCGUACAUCCGAGACACUGGGGUCUGCUGGCUCAACUGGGAUAAAUCCAAAGCUCUACUGGCAUUUGUGAUCCCUGCACUGACAAUAGUGGUGAUAAACCUGUUAAUCCUGCUUGUUGUGAUUUACAAAAUGUUGAGAAGAAGGGUAGGAGACUCUGCACAAGCAGCUGAGAGGCAUGUUUUGGUGGUUAUCGCUAGGAGUUUGGCUGUCCUCACACCAUUUUUUGGAUUAACGUGGGGUCUGGGAGCCGGAAUCCUCGCCGACCCAAACAAUAGAGCAAUCAAUAUUUCAUUUGCAUUCUUCAAUUCACUACAGGGUUUCUUCAUCUUGGUGUUUGGAACUCUGUUGGACAAAAAGGUGCGGUCAGAAUUAACAAUAGGGUCACAAGCUUCCGGAGGUGGAACAAGGAGCACCAGUGCUGGAAACUCAUCAAGUUUUUUUAGCUUUUUCCGGAACUGGAGGAGAGGAAGAGAUGGUUACAACAUGUCAUCUAGUGCAUCUGGUGCAACUCACUCCUACUCCAACCCCUGAUGAUCUCUGCAGACAGAAUGACAACCAACCAAUCAAACCAACAGUUUCUUUUUUUUCUUUUCUCCACCACAGCUAUAACAAGUUAAAUGUAUCAUGGUUAGAUAUUAAGUAUAAUGUAACAUGGAAGAAGAAUCAGGCUUGUUCUUUUGAAAAACUAAGCCAUAAGCUAUAUUUUUAACGUUUUAUUUUGCUCACAACAACACUAUGUAAUACACACCAUCAAAAAGAUUUAUUAGUAUUACAUGAUGUAUGCUGGAUGUAUAGUUUUAACUGUACUGUAGUAGUAACUGCUUUUAACAAUUCUCAAUAGAUCACUGCUGUUUUUGACAAAAACAUUUAUAUGUAAUUCCUACCAAGAGCACAUAGAGAAGAUAUAGAAGAGAUUUUAUAUCUGAUGUACUGUAAAAGUUCACAUAGUUGCACUUGGCUACAUUUGUAUUUGUAUUUGUAUUCAUCAAGUAUUCAUCACAACCAACAACAUGUCUACAAAGUAGAUGCAAAAUGGCUCUAGAUUUGGCUUACUUUGCCAAUCAAAUCAGUUAGACAAUGUAAGUUGCCUUACACAGAUCAGUGAACUUGUUUACUCGGGGGUGGCGUCACAAUGACAAAUUGACUUAGACAGGACUAUCAGUCAAAUAUAAUUCCAAAGCCACUUUCUACUCUUACCCUCGCUGAUCUACACAUAGUCCUGCUGUAUGUAAAGUGCACACGACCCCUGAAGAGCCCUCAACCCAGUUAAACAUCAGCAGCUGCUUCUGGAAGCAUUGUUUUUGCAUAUCCAUAAUGCCAACACUACAUAAUAAGUUAUAAUUAUGUAAAAAUAUAUUUUAGAAACAUGUUACUGUCAUAUGAGAAAAUUUGUGUGUGUGUGUGUGUGUGUGUGUGUGUGUGCGUGUGUGUGUGUUUGUGUGUGUAAAACAAAUGCACUUGAUAAU